UGUUGAAGCGCAUAAAAUUCAAAAUCUUUGCUGGACGUACGCGAUGGUUUCGACGUUGGUGUUCGUGUACGGCACUCUCAAGACGGGCUUGUACAACUACACAACGUAUUUGUUGCCAGCAAUCGAGCUUGGAAAGGCCUCAUUCGUUGGCGCAGCUCGUACGUCGAAGGAGGAUUUCCACAUGGUGCUGGACGACCAAGCCUUCUAUCCGUGUCUCUAUCGUGCGCCAAUGAACGAGGGUUACCAAGUGACCGGCGAGGUCUUUAGCGUCGAUGACGACACAUUGGCGGCUCUGGACGUGCUGGAGGAAGUGGAUGACGAUCUCUAUGCUCGCGACGAGAUCGACGUGGAUCUCGUGGACGGAGAACGCAAGGGAGAGACCGUGUCCUGCCAAGUGUAUCUCAUGCCGAUCAUCGAAGACUUGCCCAGACUUGAGCGUAUUACGAACUACACAGCAGCGAUGAACGCCAUGUACGAUGAGCUAAUGGGCGACCCCCAGCUCGAGAUCUUGGAAUGCAUCUUCGGUAAGGAGGUCACACAGGCCGUGGAAGCCAAAUUAAACGAAGGCAUGGAUUUCUCAGAUGCCUGGAGAAUGGUGGUCAAAGCGUAGACUCUAUGAGUUGCAGCGAUAAACGCGCAACACAAAUAAAGCAACAAUUGACGCAUGUGCGCCCUGUAUUUGCAGAA